CCCUUGCCUCCAUCCUGCAUGAUCUCUGCUCGACCUCUCUCGUUUCCAAACCUACUUUCAUCCCCAAAGUUUCAAACAGUACGCCGGGCAGUACGUGCCCGUGGAAUCUAUGGAACCGCAAUCCGGCACGAUGAGAUCGACCGUCGUGCAAGCGACAAGCUGCUCGAGGAUGCUGCACGCGAGGAGGCAGAGGAGACCAGGAGGCCAGCGCGGCCGAGCAGGGCUCAAAUUCUAGAGGAUCAGAAUCAGAACUGGACUGGGGACGAGUCGGUACAGGAUGCUGUCCUCCGGAUGCUGGUGGACAAGUACAAGCCUCUGCGCAGUGGGUCGAUCCAAACGGCAGAGGAGAAGCUGAGGGCUGCGCCGCCCAAGGUCUCUGUUCCGGAAUCGGAUCCCCUUGGAGAGGGGCCUUCGCAGUUCAAUGCCGCGUUAGUGGUGGAGGGUGCGCAACCUGGAGAGUCCUCUACGCAGCCUCUGCCUCCGCCCCGGACGUACGUUCCUGGCGAGCCUAUCCUGCCCGGAAUCGAGGGACACCAACCUUGGCAUACUACGUUCAAGGUUCCCUCACAUGCUACUUCGAACGUUCACUAUGGACAGAUACCGCGGCAGCCCUCUAGGAAGGUAGAUCCCCCUCCUAUAGACGACAAGGAGAGGAGGAAGCAGAGAGAAGUGCGGCGGCGAACGGAGCACGCGGGCAGGUUAUCGAGGGCGAGGGAGUCUACUCUGGACUACCGUCUCGGGAUUCGCGGCGGCGCUGCGAUGCACAGACCGAACCCUACGACGCUGAAGGGAUGGACCAGUCUUGUUGAGGAUAGGAUACAGCGAGCGCGCGAAGAGGGUCUGUUCAACAGUGUCAAGGGCCGAGGCCAGCCGUUGGCUUUCACCACCCAGGACAGGAAUCCGUUCAUUGCGCGAGAAGAGUUCUUGAUGAACCGUAUAGUUCAGCGUCAAGGCGCUGCACCUCCGUGGGUGGAGGUACAAGGAGAGAUGGAGUCUGCGAUAGCCUCCUUCCGAGAAAUCAUCAGGCAGUCGUGGACGAGACGGGCGAUACGCCUGCUGACCGCCUCUCAACCAGCAGCUCAAUUGCCUCAGCUUCAACUCGAUGAGGUCAGCGCGUUACGAGACGCAGAAUGGGAAGCACGAGAGCGGGCGUUUCACGACCACGCGCUGGAGGAAGUCAAUGCGUUAGUGAGAAAGUACAACGGUCUGGCGCCUUACGCGGUGCGCCGAGCAUACUACAUGCGCGACACGGAGUUAGAGAAGACCUACCGGGACUCCGCGGAAGACAUCCUGCAAGGUCUUGCGGACAGGGUUGCGAGCUCGUCCAAUCGGAAGGGCUACGUUGACGUUGGCUCGGACGAAGACAGCAGGAUUGCGGGGUCUGCGGUUACUCCUCUUGCGCCGUUGAGCUUCCGCCAGAUGUUCAGGGAACUGUGGACAACACUGCGUGGACGGUGAGUGUUGUGUGCAGCAUCCGCGAGGCCCUCGAAGCACCGUUGUACAGCAUUUACGUCCGGGACCUUUGUAGCGCUAGUUGGAUCGCCCCAAUACUACUGUAGACGUAUAGAUUGUGAUACACGCAGCUACCUUGCACGGGUGGUCUUCUGUGUGUCAAUGCCAUGCGCCGGCCGCGUGCUUGUACUACGGGUUGUACUCCUUUGCUUCCAUCUCCCAUGAUCUUCAACCCUUUCCUCCCUCUGGCCGCC